AUGGCUCGUUUCACUUCUCUGAUUCUUAUUUUCUUGGUGACCCUUGCUGCUUCAUUUAUGCCACAAAUGGAAAGUAGGAAGCUACUAUUAAACACAGGGGAAAGCAAUGAAAACGUUCCUUCAUUGUUUGCAAGCUUGUUGCUCAAUGCCCUUCCCAAGGGUACCGUGCCGGCGGCUUCAGCUCCUAGUAAGAAGGGUCAGUCGACAACGCUCGAUAACGAGAAGCUUUUCACUCGUCACCUUUCCGGCAUUGAUCGGAUUCUGCAAUCUGUUCCAAGCCCCGGCGGUGGCCAUUAG